GAGAGCCGGACACUCCCCGCCGCUCUAUCAUUGUGCUGUGCCUGUCUCCGGGAUAACACUGCGAGCCUCCAUCCCACCAGCCAGCAAGCAUGUCUGCGGGAGAAGAAGCGGCCCCUGCCCAGCCCCAGAAGGCUGAGGAGCAGAAGCCUGAGGAGACCCAGGCGGAGGAGCAGAAGAAGGAAGAGGCUCCGGCGGCGGCGGCUGCUGAGGAGGAGAAGAAGCCGGCGGAGGAGGAGGUGGCGGCGGCACCAGCGGAGCCCCCGCAGCCCGAAGUCACCUACAAGUCCCUGGUCCUGACCGCACACGGCGGCUAUGACAAAGUCAAGCUGCAGACCAAGAAGGGGCAGCCCAAGCCCAAGGCCGGGGAGGUGCUCGUCCGGGUCCGAGCCUGCGGCUUGAACUUUUCCGACCUGCUGGCCAGACAAGGGGUGUGCGACCGGCUGCCCUCCAUGCCAGUCUCCCUGGGCAUGGAGUGCGCGGGCAUCGUGGAGGAGCUGGGAGAAGGAGUGACUGACAGGCAGGUUGGAGACAAGGUGAUGGUCCUCAAUCGGUAUGGCUUAUGGCAAGAACUGGUCACUGUGCCAGUUAAUCGCACCUUCAUCAUGCCAGAAGGAAUGAGCUUUGAAGAAGGUGCAGCCUUUCUGAUAAACUACAUCACUGCCUAUAUGAUUAUAUUCCACUUUGGGAACCUUAGACCAAAACAGAGCAUCCUCAUUCACAUGGCUGCAGGUGGUGUUGGUACCGCGGCCAUUCAGCUCUGUAAAACCGUGAAAGAAGUCACAAUAUUUGGGACUGCAUCUGCAUCCAAGCAUGAGGCACUUAAAGAGAAUGGAGUUACUCACCCGAUUGAUUAUAGGGCAAGCGACUAUGUUGAUGAAGUUCGGAAGAUUUCCCCUAAAGGUGUAGACAUUGUCUUGGACCCCCUGGGAGGAUCUGAUACUUGUAAAGGAUACAACUUAUUGAAGCCUAUGGGGAGACUGGUCAUUUAUGGGGCUGCCAACUUGUUGACUGGACAAAAGAAGAACAUAAUGGCUCUUGCCAAGUCUUGGUGGAACCAGUUCAGCAUAAACGCCAUGCAACUCAUUGCAUCAAACAAAGCUGUAUGUGGCUAUCUUCUGGGCCGUCUGGAUGAAGAAACCGAGCUGCUGGAAGAUGUUGUAGCUACACUGCUUGAUCUCUAUAAGGAGGGGCAGAUUAAGCCGAAAAUUGACAGUGUAUAUGCCUUUGAGCAGGUGGGUGAUGCCAUGAGACAGAUGCAAGAAAAGAAAAACGUUGGUAAAGUGAUCUUGGUUCCUGAAGUGCCAAAGGAAGAGGCAAAGAAGGAAGAGAAUUAAAGGGAUAAGCUGCAGAAAGGAGCACCAAACCCUGCAGAUUGUGAAAACUGUGUCCUACUAAUGUAUGUGUGUGUUUGGGGGGUGAGUGUCCUGACUGAGCCCUACUGUAAGAUGAUGUAUAACCACUUGCUUGCCAUGAAAUGCCAGAAUGGCAUCUCAGGCAGUGAGCAGAUUACACCUUCAUGCCCAUAGAAUGCCGGGGUAUGCAUUCUGAAAAAUCUCCCUGAUGAAUUCUGUAAACUGCAGAAUAUUUAGCAAAGGGAAUCCUAAGCAGUGCUGCAAGGACUUUCUGAUUUGAUUUAAUCUGCUGCAGUUCUGAUUUUUCAGAAGGAGAAUUUUUCAUUGUGUUCCUUUCAGGUCUAUAGACAAUAACAUUCCAGGUAUUGGGUGGUGGUCUUGCUGAGGGGGCGGUUAAUUAUUUUUUCUAUUUUGUUUCCACCGUCCAUUUUCUAGGUCACUCCAUAUUGUAACUUGCUUAACUCUUCAUUCAACCUGUGGUCACUAUCCUGUUUCAUUUGAGAAAUAAAUGUAAUCCCCUUGUUCUGCUAUUACCACAAACUUUUUUUGUUUCUUUGCAACAAGAGAGAACAUCAGAGUAUUUCAUCAUGGAACAAGUUGAGUUUCUAUAGAUUGCCUGCAAACCUUCACUCGUGUCCUUUGACUUCAUGAUUUACAACCACAUGACUCUUCAGUGGUUACCAACCAUAUCUAAAAUUUACAGAAGUCUCCUAACACACUAUAGCUCCCAUAUGUCCUGUUGCACAAAAUUUGGAUCAAAUUGGCUCAGACUAGAUUCUAGCAGAAACUGUAGCAAUUUACAUAUACUAAACUCUGGUAACUUAUGGCCUCUUGGCCAACAUAAUUUCAUCUAUUAAAGACUAGAUGAAUGUUGGGAAGCUUUAAUAUCUGUGCUGAGGACAAACUCAAGUUGUAGGUUAGAUCCUGUAGGCAUUACUUUAAUAACGAUUUAAGUAUGGAAUGGCACGUUGUAUAAGGUUAAAACCUUUAAGUUAGUUUUUGGUUUUUCUAUAGCAUCUCCUUUGUGGUGCUACUACAAACCUACACUGCCUUGCAGGAAGACUAUAUGAAAGGUGACUGACUAGAAUAUGAGUGUUUGUGCAAGCAUUUGCUGGAGGCUACCUUGAAAUUGGGAGUAGGUAAUUGUGCCAUUGCCAUGCAGUGGUUCAGUAGAAGAUCUCAUCUCCUGCAUGAGGGGGUUUAAUUGUGGAAGUUAUUUUGACCCUGACCUCAAGAACAAGCAGCUUUAUCAAAAAAUUUUGCUGGAAACUGCUACCUCAGGUGUCGGGAGCUCCUUGAUUCACUUAAGCACUUGCCUCUGUCCAGCGUGCAGUAGUAACCCUUCAUGGAUCUGUCUCUUUCCCCCCCUUUCCUUUUCUUACAAAGUGAUUCCAUUAGGGUGUUGCGACUGAGCUUUUCUUCUUUGGAGCAUUUUUGUGGUGUUUGUGCACUUUACAUUUUUUUUUUUUUUUUUUUUUUUGUUCCAAGUAGAGCAAAAAUUAAAAUAAAUUGGUGGCUAAGGGACAAAAUGCAGCAUUUUCUGUGUGGCAAUUUCGAAAGAAUGUAACUGACCCAAAAAGCACACCUCAAAUGUCAAACACCAAAACCUGUGGUGCAUUUAAUAUUUCCCAUAGACUUCCAUGUAGCAUCUAGAGCUGGUGUUUAGAUGAAAACACUACAAAAAUGCCUGCCAAAAAAAUGCCAAAACAACCUGUGACACCAGCCUAAUGGAUACCUAAAAGUAAUGCUCCCAAGUAAGUUAGUUGAAGAUACUGAGGAGUGUUUCAUUGUAUUUGCUGAAACCUAGCUUAUCCCAUGUACCUUGGACCUCAUAUUUAUCUCUUCUGUGCUAAACCCAGAAGGCCAUUGAUACUCACUGGUUGCCUUAUUUUUGAGUGUAUUCCUGAACACCAAGGUUUUACUAGGACCACUGCCAGUUGUUUACCAACAUACCAAUGUGCCAAUCUACCACUAUGGUGCCAAUACUAUUAAUGCUAAUACUAACUUGUGAAUAUUAAAUAACAUUCUGUUUGUAAACUUUGGAUAGAUGUGGAUCAGUAACUAUAAGUGCACACGUUCCUCUGUAUCCUUGACUUGCAGCUUGAUUAAAGCACUUGCGUUGCA